AUGGAUGAUAUUAUUGUUGCAGGAAACAGUUUGGAGCAGAUCAAUGCGGUCAAGAAGUUUCUAAGUGACUACUUCAAGCUCAAAGAUCUAGGAAUUCUCAAGUAUUUCUUGGGAAUUGAAGUGGCUUGUUCAGCCAAGGGAAUAUUUUUGUCCCAGAGGAAGUAUGCCCUUGAGAUACUGGAAGAUGCUGGCUUCCUUGGAGCUAAGCCUAGCAACUUUCCCAUGGAACAAAACCUUGCACUCAGCGAGAGUGAAGGUGAACUCAUUACAGAUCCUUCAUCAUACAGACAACUUGUUGGAAGACUGAUUUAUUUGGCUAUCACAAGACCAAACUUAGCCUAUUCAAUACAUGUAGUAAGUCAGUUUAUGGACAAGCCACAUAUACCACACUUGGAUGCAGGACACAAAGUCUUGCGGUACAUUAAGAAAUCUCCAAGCCAAGGGCUUUUCUUGUCGGCUUUUAGUGAAAUUCAACUCCAUGCAUACUGUGAUGCAGAUUGGGCACGCUGUAGGGACACCAGACAUUAA